AUGCAGAAAUGGCAAAGCUGCAGUAUAAACUUCAGUCAGGCUUGGAACGAUGCAGAGCGAAACGUUCAAGAGCCUGCACACCAGUACAUGGAGAAACAUCAUUUAACAGCUUUAUACAUGUACACAAAUUGGCUGCAACCUGUCAACCACAACGUCAGCUCUGCAAAACAAAAGAAGGCAUCUGAAUCCUGCCCGCUUUAUCUUUUACUAAGUGAAGCCAUUCAAAUCCUGAAACACAGUCAAGUGACGUGUCUCAGCACAAAGUACAGAACAGACACUCUUGAACAUCACCUGAACAGCUCCAACGAGCAGGUUCGUUUCAGCACCUUCAUAUUAGGUUCUGAUGAGGAGAACUUUACGGGGAACGUUUCAUGUUUCGAAGUACACUCGUGUUUUGGUGCCAAUGUGACACGUUACUCUGCCUUGAAGCUAAAUAACCAGGUGCUCAUUCCUUCCUAUGAGGUCUUUAAAGUCACUGACAUCCAGACAGAAACGAAGGGAUGUAAAGUCCUGUACAGACUCAGGAGCAACCUCAACUGUGUUUAUGACAGAGAGAGCGAUGUGCUGCAUCCCAUAUCUGUGACACCAAUGGAGGGGUUUUGGAUCACAUUAACCAUUGCUUGUGUUAUUACUGUUUCAGUUCUGUUACUCCUAGUUAUUGUGAAGGUUUGCCGACAGACGACUGCUUUGCCUUACAGUGUUUCAUCUGUGCAUAGCAGCACAGCAAUCGCACUGAGACCUGUGUUGGGCUGA